AUGAAGGACAUUGGGAUUCUCUUCAAACCAGACACGGCAGCACCUCAGGCGGCCUGGGCUGUACAGUUAUAUCUUGCGGAGGCACCAAGAUUCUACGGUUCAUCAUCAAGAUUUCCAUUUGGAGCAAAUGGCGGACAACUGUGGUUCGGCCAAUCGGACCUCUCACCUGAUCAGAUUUUGACAUCACAGGAUAUCAUUAUGGGCGCCUCAGGUCACCGUCGCAAUGACGAGCGUUCAAGUGGAGAGAGGUCGAACGAUGAGCGCUUUUUCGCCUGCUCGCUCACACCCUACGGAAUCAAGUUUAUCGGAUGGUCGAGGAGGAUUUACUAUCGCCCCUAUCAGGAAGACGGCGCGAUUGAAUCGAGAAGCCCCGCCUACUCCAAUGAUCGCUUCAUCGGCCGUAUCUUGUCAAAAGCCGUCACACCUCCCCAUACCGCCGCUUCUCUUAAAAGUCACCUAUGCAAGAUCGAGGGCUUUUCGGGAUCGGAGAACGCUCAUCUGUAUUCGUCACUUCUAAGCCAAACGAUCCUGGAUAAUUCUUCUCGUCUUGCUCUCAUGAACCGUCAUGGUCCAGGCUCAUCUGAGAAGGAGCCUAUGGUUCUGCUCAUCAAGAAUGUUGAAAAACGGUCGACCGGUGGACCUCAAACACCAGCAGGACUUCCUGAGAAUCCACUAGCCAACAUCAUCAAUUACGUUUACUACCGCUAUUACAACAAGGAGGGCGAAACCACCUCGAAGACGUCUUUCGAUGAAGAUGAUCCUGCCUUGGGACGCAUAAAUUCUCUUUCCGUCGCACCGCCCUUCAACAUCUCAUCUUUGAAAGCGCGACUCGCUGAGUUUGAGGGCUUUGGGGGCAAACAUUUACAACUAUUUGAGGACCUGAGCGGUGACAGCCCUAUGAGCGAUUCAGACACUAUAGCUCUUUUUACAGAUCAGCACCCAGGUUCCACAGCAGAUGAACCAAUGGCCUUCAUUUGCCUGAAUUGCGUGGACUCAUUGCCGGCAUCUAAGCCUCCGGAAGUUGAGACGCAAAUUAAACUCAUAACCGACGCUACCUUUGGCAAGUCAUUACCUCAAAAUCUUUCAUAUUCAGUCGAUGCUCCUGUUUGGCUGCCAAUAGUCAAGGGCGAAAUUUUAUUCUCAGAUGGAAUCAAGGUUACGAAGAAAGAUUAUAAAAAUAACAGCUACGAAGGGUACAUGGCGACAAACUCUGCUGGUAAACACGGAUUUGUGUUGUCCUGCCGUGUCAAGCAGAUAUAA